AAAACUUAAAAUCAAAAUGGCGUGACAUGCGAUUGCGUGUUAAUGAUGGCGCCUUUCAAGUUUUUAUAAAUUUCGUGUGGGUUGAGGUAGUAGGAGUAGAGUAGGUAAUUGUUUUUGAUAUAAUUUUUGCUCCGUUAAUUAAAAACGAUAGUAUUAAUUGUUGUUUUCUAUGUUGACGAUAUCAAAGUGUUUAUGGACACAUAAUGUAGCUGUGAUGGUAUUAUGGAACAACUAUGGAAUCCCUGGAAGAAUCAAAUUGUCACUCAAUGAGCGAUAGCUUUUCUUUGUACGAGCGUUAUUUGAGAAGUUUUAAUGUGGUAGAUAAUUUUACGGAAGAAGAAAAUCCUAGAGAAACAAUUUCGUCCAAUAACUGCGAUUACGAAAGUUCCAACAGUGGCAGUAAUAUUGACUUGUCAGUCGUUGCACCAUCGAUUGAUAAAAACAAACAUUGUGAACCUGAAAAUAUAUUAUUGAAUCAAGCGCCUUCUGACAGUUUAGGCUUAGACAAAAGUUAUUUGCAAAGUGAUUUGUGUGUCAAGGCUGAAUCCAAUUCGUCUCUGGCUGUAUCGCUACUUGAUAACUCUUCUGCUACAGCUGAUAAUUGUCUCCUGAAUGAUAAGUCUGAUCUAGCAGACGUGCCGAUAUCGUCCGACGACUCAAAACCGGAUAUAUUCAAGCAGCCGGUGUUUAUAACCUCUACUAUGGAAAAUAGUAAUAACGCAGUCGACAGUGUGCCUAUGUUCCGUGACGUGAGGAGCGCGGAGAACGUGUUUAAAUUACCUAUAAGUGAAUUGUCCUUUAAUGGCACUAUAAAGCACGUCAAAAAGUUGACACCCAUUGUGGAUCCAAUCACUGCUUUGACUUCAAACAAUGCAUUAGUGAAUUUGGAUGAGAAGUCUACUGACUGCCAAUCUUAUUUGGAGAGGGUGGAUGAUAUUGAUGGCGUUGAAUCGGAGGUCAAUGACCUCAGGGUUAUGUCAUCGGAUGAACACAGCAGCAGUGAUAUGAAGGGAGAGGGUGAAAAAACAACAGAAAGUACAGGGGAUUCUCAGUAUGAGGAGAGCAAGAAAGAAGGGCAGGGGGAAGGCAGCAAUGUUAAGUGGAACUCUGAGCAGAGUUAUUCAUCACUGGAGGCUUCUUUUGACAGUGGAGUGCGGUCUCCAGACAUGUUCUCUGAUAACGAUGAAGACACUCAGUCAGAGCCUCAAAUGGAAGCAGAACCUUUUUGGAGUUUUCUCAAAGAUUUUGAAGCUUAUGAGAAAAGAAAAGUUAGGAAGAUUGAGAAAACUCUUGCUGGAGUACUGCCCCCUCCAUCUGUUACAACCCUAAAGACUGAUGUCACUGAAAUGCUACAAAAAUACUAUUGCUUCCUGCCGGCAUUCAGUGAUGACACAAAGGUUGACGCUUCACAUGUCAACUCAGCAACUCCAACAAAGAGAGUCUCAUUUGUUCAUAUUCCAACAGAAACUGAGUCUUUACAAGGGACAGAAGACAGUGAAAGAAAUACAAUGAAAAGUACUGAGAGUAUAAAGUGUGAUUCUGACCUAGAUACAAGUACAAAUGAUAGGACUGUUGAAAUUAGACUGGGUAGUGAAAUUGAGGCUUUGGAGACAGCAUGGCCAGAUAUAUUGAAAUGCAGAUAUUAUGAUGUUUACUACAACGUAACCACAUACUCAGAGAAGUUUGAGCUGCUAGCCUUACGGUACGGCGAGCGGUUUGUAGGAGCCGAAACAGAGACAAGUGUCUGCAUAUACUCUGGAGGCUUGCAGUCCCCCAGUAGCGCUAGCAAGAGAAAGGCUCUUAGACUCAAAAUGGCACAAGCGAAGUCCCCGGGCCGCCGGCUGUCGCACCUGGCGCGGCGGCGACAAGCGUUCUGCAGCGCGGCCACCAUCAGCGACAAAUCGGCUAACAGCAAGAUGGUGCUCAUUGACAAGAAUUUCUUCCCACACAGAAAGUUGAUCACCACAUCAGAAAGGAAAAGUCCCCGGCUCAGACGAACUCCUGGCAAGAAGACACCCAUUCGGAAAACCCCAGGCAAGAAAACUCCAGGCAAGACACCCAAGACCCGCAGUGGAGGCUCCAGUAAGAAAAAAGCUAUGCGACGCCUCCUCAUGGACCCUGAAUCAUUAACAAGAUCACAGCCCACGCGAGAGACGCUAAAAAGAGCCUUAUUCAUAAGUCCGGAGAACAGAAAAUCUGUCCCGGUGCAAACAAGCACUUCUGUGCCACUUCAAGCAAUGAAAUCCAAAAGAGCAUUGUUCGGGUCUCCAGAAUUGGCUCAAACUAAAAGUUCAGAUGGUUCAUUGAGUGAUCAGUUUUUGAAAAGGAAGCGGGAUGCAUUGGAUGAUGUACCGGAGACUAGUCGAAGUAAAAUAGCUAAAAGUCUGUCUUUUGGUGGAGAUACUAUUGGGAAUUCGUCGCAUAUGUCGAUUAACCGUCGCGCGUCUGAAAUGUUCAUGUCGAAGAAUACAGCUCAGUUGAAUGAUAUUCAUAAAAAGAAAUUGCUGUGGGCGGUGACGGAGGCCCUGCGCGCGCACGGCUGGGGCAUGUCGUCGGCGGGGUUCCGCGAGAAGGCGUCAGCGCUGGCGCGCCUCACGCGGCGUCUGCUGGCGCUGGCGCCGCACGCCGCGCGUCUCGCUAGCACUCAUCUCUCCACCUCCGACACCAUGCUCAAACUGGCGCGGCAGUACGUGUUUGCAAUAAUCCAGGGCCGAUCCGUCGACGACUGCUUCAAAGAAGAGCAAGCCAGGCUCAACAACGAAGCGAACACCAAAGUCUUCGGCUACAUCUCAGCCUCGGACUACCAACAAAUGAGAGCUCGACAGGGCACAUCCAGUACAUUCACGUCACAGAUCAAAGAAAACUGCACAGACAUAUCCAUAAAGCAAGAACCUAGAAGUGCCUCGAAAAAUAUCCUACAAGACAAACUAGUUAAUAUAGAUUCAAAUUCCAACUCGAGCAGCGGGAUCAGUAUGCUUGAUAAAGCUAGUCUAGGCAUUUUCAAAUCGAACUCGAUGCCGUCGUUUGAGGAAGCUGCUAAAAUGAGAGCGAGAAGGCAGAUUAGUUUUGACAAUGUGGAGUUUCCCAAGAGGUGAUGUGUCUGACUAAGUUUUGCUCAUCAAGUGUUGUGCAUCGUUGUGUGGUAGCAUGUAGAUAAUUGACUAUUCAUUGAUUUUGUUUCUCAUAACCCUUUUUUGGUUUUACCUUUUCUCUGUCUUUACAUUAUUUUGUUCAGUAACUACAUUUCUAUUUUUACUCUUGUUUUUGUGCAUUGUGGCAAUUUGAACUGUUAAUUUUCUUUGUUUCAAUGGUGCAGAUGAAAUUACAUAAACUUUUCUAUAUUAUUUGCGGUAAAAUAAUAUUUUGUGUAGAGUGUCUAUGUAAAAAUAUAUUUUUUGUCACAAAUGAUACAGUAAAAAGUUGGACUGAGGCAUAACUGCUCACCGAUCGAAUUAAAUUAUUUAUAGUCGUGGUAGUUACUGACAGGAUCUUUUUUAGUUACUAAGUUGGUAGCUACUUUUAGUGUAAUUUACACAUUUAUUCUGCAUUUGCAGUAGAACUAGUAUACUUCAGUGGAAUUUAGUGAAUGAUAUCGUCAAUUUAAUAUAAUUAGCUCAUUACCCCUUUCCGCGUUGUUUUGUCUUAUAGUUUUAUUUCGUUACUUAUGUGAUGCUUAUUGGACACGAGUUUUGUAAAUGCGGAUUUAAUAUGAUCAACUUUUGUUGUUGAAAACGAGAUGGCAAUUGCUAAAAUAUUGCAAUUAACGCCUUUGUGGCUUAUAAUACUGCUCACUCUAAUGGUAAUAUUGUAGAAACCACUACAAACAUUUAUCCCAUUAUUCAUAAAAAAGUUAUAAUAGCAUAGGUACUUGGUAAAAUAUGUUUUGUCACUAUAGCACCUUAUGAUAUUUGCCAUUGACAGAGACAUAACAUACUUUAUCUUAGUUUGCUUUAACUUUUUUAUGAAUAACAGGGUUAAUUAUCUACAUAAUGUUGUACAAUAUUCACAAUAUUAGGAUCGUCAAUUUAAAUGUAUCUUAUGACGUUCGUAUAUAGUGAAAUUGCAAUUUUAUCUGCUUCUUUAAAUCAAAAACUUGUGUUAGGCAUGACGAAUUUCUUAGCAAUUAGUAACCAGCAUUGGUUAAUAGUAUUGAUAUUAUCAAAUUGACGUAAGAAUGUGCAGAGCAUAGGGUAUUCCGAGUGUAACUUGAAAUCAUUUUUUGGUGUAUUGUAACUAUAUGACAAUGUAUGCGUGACGUGUUGCUAUUGCUGAGCUUGAUCUCAGGUUUUAUUAUAAGUGUAAUAUGUAAGUAAAAGUAAUAAAUUAUUUGGUCUUCGUAA